AUGGGCAAAAAAACUAAAGUUGGAAAGCAAAGGAAGGAUAAAUUCUAUCAUCUCGCGAAGGAAACGGGUAUGUAAUGUCGAUGAAGUCCGAAUGUGUGAUUAUUUGUGGAGGUACUUCUCAGCUGUUCAAUGUUUACCAUGGCUGAUUUUUUUCUGAAAAUAAGUAAUGUUUCUUUUAAUCUUUGUUAAUCAUUUAGGUUACCGUUCACGAUCAGCCUUUAAGUUGAUUCAGUUGAACAGAAAAUUUGGCUUCCUUCAGACCUCAAGGUGCCUGAUCGAUUUGUGUGCAGCUCCAGGAGGAUGGUAAUAACUUAUAACUUUAACAUGCUUCAACUUGACACUUGCAUGUCGUGUAUCUCUUUGUUUACAACAUUAACAACGAAGAGUUCAGAUAAAAGUCGGGUAUUGACUCUAAAUUUUUCUAUCAACUCAUCAUGAUCAAUAAGCUCAGCCUUUCCUCUAAGAUUCAUUGUGUUGCUGGAUCAAUAGUUUAAGAGAUAUUGAACGUACAAUAUGUCUAUCUGCUACUCUUUUACAAUUUUUUUAAAGGCUUCAAGUUGCAUCUAAGUUUAUGCCAGUGUCAAGUAUUAUAGUCGGUGAGUUGUUACUGUUAUAGAGUUGUAGUCGAGAAACUCUCUUUGUCAUAAUUUGUCCCAAGUAACUCGAGGAUGGUACCAUGAGGGAACUAGUGCUGAUAUAUUUAAAUGAUGUAAAUAAUUUCAUAAAUUUGUUCCACUAUUGUACUAUCGGGAACAUUAAAUUACAUAUAAACAGGAUUCUUCUACCUGAAUGAUAGUUGAUAUUAUUUUCUUAUCUCUGAACUUCCUGUUACUUCAAACCUUAAUGUAUUUAACAUGAGAUCAAUGAUAUUGGAGGGUAGGUACUGUUAGGGUUCUCAUCACCAGCUAGGAGGUGUCCAUGGCAAUCAAGCCAGAGCCCUCCUCUAGGCAAGUAUCUACAUAACAGCAAGACACUAAUGUACAGAAUAGACAUUGAUCCAAAAUCCUGCAAAUUUCUGUGGAAUCAGUCCAUUAUCACAUCAGGGAAGCCACUGCCUUGACUUGGUUGUUAAUGUAACUGCACCCAAAUUACCUUUAAGUCAUAUUUAUUAAUUGCAUGUAUUCUCACUUUAGGUGUUGAUUUGGUUCCUAUCAAAGCAAUUCAUAAUGUCAUAACAAUUCAAGAAGAUAUUACAACAGACAGAUGUAGACAGGUAUGUGGCUUCAUUCUCUUACAGAGGAUUGUUGUUGAAUUCAACAAUUGAAAGAUUAUGAUAAAUUUUAUCCACUUAAAACAUAAUCAAACUUCCAGUUAAGAUUUUUAUCAAGCUUGUACUAAAUCAUAUACUCCUUCCCUGGAUAGAAUGCCUGCCCAUCCCUCCCCUAGGUAUUUCAUCAAGUUUCCCUUACAGUUUUCUACCACCAAUGACUUAAAAAACUUUUGUUGUUCUUAAAUUAUAUUCCUGCACAGAUUGAUGCUUUUUUCACUCUUAUAAGUCAUAAUAAAAACUAUCAACAAUUUCCAAAUUAUCCUAUUACUUAUCAACAAGUUUUGGUCAAUUUUUGAGAUACAAGGUCACCAUAAUCUAGAAACACUAAUAGGUUUAGCUUUUUUUGCUUAUAACUGAGAAUUGAGUACAAUGAACCUUGCUAUUUUAUUCUUGAGAUACAAUCAGCAUAUCAAAGGUAAUAUUUCCAUUGAAAAAAAAUUGUGUAGUGUAGAAUAGCCACCUUCAUUUUUCGAUGAUUUAAGGUGACUCUGAAUGUUCAAUACAGAUCUCAUAAGUAUGUCUGUAUGUCAUAGUAUAUACUUUUCUAUUCAUUGAGUUCUUAUAUGGAUUAAAAGCUGAUUAGCAAAGAGAUUCACACUUGGAAAGCAGAUUGUGUUUUGAAUGAUGGAGCUCCAAAUGUUGGGUCAGCCUGGAUUCAGGAUGCAUUCACGCAAGGUGAGAUGAAUACAAAAUAUGUUAUUUUGAUUAGGAAAGAAAGCAUGCAAAAUUGUAAAGCCCACCAUAGCAUCACAGUAUGGAUAAUGUUGAUAAAAAUGCUAAAUCAUAAAAUGUUCAAUUUCCUUGUGUUUGAACAGCUCAGCUGACCCUCAGUGCAUUGAAGUUAGCUUGUGACUUUUUACAGGAGGGAGGAUGGUUUAUAACCAAGGUAAUAGUUCAACUUUAUAUCUCUAAAUUUUUUUUAAUUGGGCAGAUCAUGUACAAUAACAAUUACAAUAUGAUAGUGAUAUUGAUAUUUAACAUAAUCUUUCAUGGUUUAUCAAAACACCAUCAGGAAGUAGAGAGAAAUCGUUAUUAUUUCUGUUUGUUUUUGUAGUCAUUAUUAUUGACUGAACUAACCUCUAGAUAGUGUUUGGAUAGAACAUUAGAUGGAGAUUAAUCUUCAUGUGGAUAUCACGAGAAACAGACAGUCUUCUGUUGGUCUAAAAGACCAACACCAAAAAUUUGGGGAAGUUGAUUUGACAUAUCCUAAGGCUUAGUCUAAAAGCCUCUCUUUAAGUCCCCUGAUUAUUUAGAAAACCUUUGAGUACCAACUGAUUUGAUGUGAGUGAUAAAUAAUUUUGGUGGUGUAUAUUUUAAUCAAAUUGUUUUUGUAGGUAUUCAGAUCCAAAGAUUACCAGCCACUGUUAUGGGUCUUCCAACAACUUUUUAAGAGAGUGCACUCAACUAAACCACAGGCAUCACGAUCAGAGUCAGCUGAGAUUUUUGUUGUAUGCCAGGUAUAAUCUUCAAUUAAAAAAAAAAAAGAGCUGUCAUGGUACUCUUGUCAUUUAUAACAGAGAGAAAGGGAAAGAAAGUAUUCUAACCCUUUCCCUUUCUAUUCUCUGUAACCAUGAAAUCAUGUUAAUAUAAAUCAUUUUGGGCAGAGGGACAUGCCCUAGUGAUAAUUUAUUAUACUUUCCUCUACACAUGCUAUUGAUAGUUUUAAUAAUUUUGAACUUUCUUAUUUGUACCCAUGUUUCUUAAUUUUUAAGGGUUACAUAGCUCCUGCCAAAAUUGAUCCAAAACUCUUGGAUCCAAAACAUAUUUUUAAGGAGGUUGAACCUGAAGGCAAGAAGAAAGUCAGUAUUUUACAAGUUGAGGUAAAGGUUGUUUCAUUCUCUUUGAAAAGAUUAGGAACACAGUUCACUUCUGUUGUUUUUUAUAGUAUCUUUCCCCUUCCUACCAGUUAAAGGUGGCUCUUAGUAAGUUUCUAUAUACAAAAUGUUUUUUUAUUGAUGUGUUUUAUUUAUUUUUUUGUAUGUGAAAUGAUCUAAACUUGUGACAGUUAUUGUCAGUUGUAAAUAUUACCAAUAAUUAUCUAUUUUUUAAAUGUAAGGAUUUAAAACAAAUUUAUAUCAUGGAUAAUUUUUCAUUCAAAAAAAAUGUUGUGCUUAUUAAUUGUGGUAAAGUACAAUAAUAAUAUAAUAAUCGUUUAAAAUGUAUUAUCAUAAAAACAAGAAACCUGUAAGUAAAUUGUUUGAUCUGUUUAAAUUCAGUUGAUUUUUAAUUCUUGUUCAAGAAACAGAAAAAUUAAUUUUUCAUUGUUCUGAUUUAGUGCUCCAAGCAGCUAUGGUUGAAGGAUGACUACAAAAUUGUUUUUGUAGAUCCACUUUCAUUAGAGUGUCACUUCAAAUCUGUUUAUCAAUUCUUGAUUUUUAAUUCUUGUACAGAAACAGAAAAAACGUGCUGAGGGAUACGAUGAAGGAGACUACACAUUGUUCAGAUCAGCCACAGUCUCUGACUUCCUGCAAGCAGAGCAGCCAUUGGAUAUAUUAAGUUUAGUAAAUGAGGUUUGUUAAGAGCUUGAUCUUUCUUUAAACCUUUAAAUUCUAUUCAGAUAGUUUAGGAAAGAAUUUGAAAGACAUUUGCCUCUUUUCGCAAUGGAGUAUAGAUGGAGACCAUCAAAUUGUCAGAGAAACCUUACAAAAUGAGUGGGGGGGGGGGGUGAUCUACACUAGAAUAGCUACCUAUUUGGAGGGUGGGACUAUAACUGCAGCAAUACUUCUAGCCUUUUGUGCUAUCAAUGGAACUGGGAUAAGCUCUAACAGUUUUGGACCAGUAAGACUUCAGUACCCCCCCCCUCUUAUAAGGAACAACAUUUAGAAAUGUUUAUUGAUAAAAGGAUCAAUUAAGAAUAGACAAUGAAAUUCAAAGUGAAAACUUUCUACUUUUAAGGUGAUUUUCACCGGCAAGCUGAUAAAUACUAUUUGUCAAGUUAUAUCUUUAUCCUUACCUUUCUGAUUUGAUUCAGAUUGUCUUUGAUGACUUAAAAUAUUCAAAACAUGUUUUGACCACUGAGGAUGUCAAGGAAGCAUUUAAAGAUGUGAAAGUUCUUGGAAAGUCAGACAUAAAGUGAGGAUUCAAAAUAUUUUAAAGCUAUAAGUACAUGUAUGUGUGGAGAAAAAUUUCAUCCUUUUAUCGGCAAGACAGUCACAUGCAUGUACCAGGAUGUCUUGAUAGUUCACACACCUGUAGUUUGGAAAAUCUCUUCAAAACAGUUUGUCAUUUUCACUGUAAAACUUGUUCUGUGUCAAAAAUCAACAGUUUAUUUUUAUCUUUUCUAAUGUUUAAUUUCUAAUGUUAAUUGUUUCCUAUGUAUAUGGUGAGUGUACAUAGUAUACAACUCCAAAAUAUUACACUUCUUGUUUGGAGUUCACCUUUUUUUAGAGUACCAAUAUUCAGCAGCUAACACUAUGAUUUGAUGAAUUAUCUUGAAGGAAUCUAUUGAGUUGGCACAAAGCAUUACGGAAAGAGUUUUAUGAAGAGCAGACUGAAGACACCAGGUAUGGCAAGUUUUGACCCUCUCUCCGCUAAGAUCCCCAUAUCAGUUGUCCACACUGUUCAGGAUACCUGUCCAUUUGUGGUAAUUUCAGCUCCUAGAAUUUAGUGUUAUAUCAAACAUUGGUUGAAGUUUCAAAUACAGCAUACAUGUAUUAUCGACCAUAUUAUUUCCUUUUAUUAUCAGGGGGCAAGGAGAUGAGCAGAGUGGCCUUGAGGAAAAUGAAGAGGUUAGCUCAUUUUUUAAUUUACUGACACACUGAUAUAUAAAUAUUUGGUGGUUGGGAAAUAAUUUUUUAAUUGGGGUGGAGAGGGUAGGAGAAAUGAUCUUGUGUGUCCCAGGUGAAUGUUGUGGAGGGGUGGAAAGGUUCAUUUACAACAUGAUUAUAACUACAAGCAGUUUUAUUAUCAUUUAAAAUCAUUUCUACCUGUGGCAGGGUGUGCACACAAACAACUUAAUGCUGACCAUGUCUUGUCAUUUUUUUUACGGGGCCUCCCUGCUUCUUUUAUCAGCAACUGUCCCUAAGUGACAUGUUUUUGUUAUUCUUUUUUGCAUCGGUUGAUUUGGUCAUAAAGAUACAAAGUUUUGCUUCUGUUCAAAGGGGCCAAUUCUUUAUUGAUUCUAAAUUUUCCAACACUUGUUCACGUUUUCAGUUUGUAUUCGAUUCUCGUUUUGUUUUUAUGCAUAAAAGUGAAAAGUUGAAUGAUCAAUAUAAAAGCUUUCAGGAACGUUGUUAAUUUGUAAUAAACUAUUUUAGGAAAUUAUUGAAAAGACGAUACAAGGAUUAAAAGAUGAAGAGAUUGCAAAUGUUAAAAGGUAUUGUGCUGUUAACCUUUUAUGCCGUAACAUCAGUAUCCACAAUCUCCAUACUUAUGUCUAUACAUUCCUUUGGUACUGACAAUGUAAUGUACAACGAAUCAACGUAAAACCACAUCAUUAUGAGUCGUCCACUGAGGGAAUUUCCAACUUUGGGCCUAACUCCUUACAUGUGAUCUGAUUCACACCCUUAAGUCUGGAAAAUAAAAUAAUACCUCGGAUAGACUCUGGAAAAAUGUGUAUUAGCCUUGUAAAUUAUCAAUCCUACAUAUUUUUGUUCCCAGGGAAAAGCGGAAAGUUCAGAAGCAGAGACAAAAGUUACAGGAAAAGAUGAAGUUAAAAAUGAUUAUACCAGGAGACACUAAAGGCAUGGAGACGGAUAUGGAAAUGUUUUCUCUAGCUAACAUCAAGAGUAAACAGGUAUUGGUUGAAAUUAUGUCAAAAGUUAGAGAUAUGUCACAAUGUUAGGUCUCGAUGUCUGCGUCCUUCAGUGGUAACGUCAAAUUAGGAAGAAAAACGUCAAGUAUAAACAUUGGAAGAUAUAUCCGUAAGAUAUUACAUGAUCUUGCGGAGACACGAAUUUUAUCUUCGAUUGCCAAUGGUUAGUGUAUCUUUCAAGAGUGAGCACACAAGAAGACUACUUCAUAUACAAACGAUGUUGUUUUACCUAUAAAAGACAGUGGAUUUUAUCCCAAAAACUUAGCUGUGCAGCAGUCGUCAAAUACAAUUUCGUUGAUCCGUUUUAAUGCUCUCCAUCUUUUAACGUCGUUGUUCCUGUACUUAAUUUUCACCCUUUUUCGAAUUUCGUAUCGAAGUUUGUUCUAUUUAAACAAAAAGAUUCUAUAUUUUGCAAUUAUAUUAUGAAUUUCUUUGUUGCAGCAUCUUGAUAAUGUGGAUGAUGCAGACAUGAACGAAGCAGACAAUGAAGAUCACAGUGAAAGUGAACAGGAGUUAGAAUCUGAAUCGGAUCACGAUAGCGAAGAUGAUGAAGAAAAAAAUGAAGAUUCCAAAAAUGAGGAAGGAGAAGACGGAGAAUUAGAAUUUGAAGAAGAAAAUGGUGAAGCGGAUGACAGCAAUGCGAAGCAACAAAGGUUUAUUUCCAUAGUUUUUUAAAAUUUGUAUUAUUCUCAAUUUGUAAGGACAUUUAGACUGCUGUUGCUCUGCAGGUUUGUCGUCAAGAGCUUUUACUUGAGUUUUUUCUUGAAGCUGAAACCUAAAAAGAAAUUGAGUAGUCUCUUUGAAUGGUGGUAAGUUAAUUUCAAGGUAGAAAUGACUUGAACUGUGUUUUCUUUAGGGACAAGAACCCACUCUUGGUAGAGUUGGAACCUGAAGUUCCUCUUACGAUCAAGGCAAACAAGUGGUUUGAAAAGGUACAAAAAAGUCAUAUUUGAUCUUUCUGAAUAAGGUUACCAGUAGUCCUAGUCCCCUCUUGUUACAAAUAUAGGGCGACACUUCGCUCGUGUUCGGUCUUGAAUCCUAAGUAAACUUUACUGAAUACCUGUUUGAUAUGGCAGGAUGCGUUCAAAGGUUUGGAAGACGAUGCCGACGAAGACCUGGAGAUUUCCCAGAUGGCGGAACUGUAUAAGAAGCAAGGAGGAACUAUCUUGGGUAGGUGUUACCACAAUCAAUUAUACAACCAAUAACGAAAUAGUAGAGUUUCUCCCAGCUCUUAAACAUGAUAUCUUCUGCGCGCACAGUGAAGAUGAUGUCUUUAACUUUCGAAGGUAGCAAUAUCGUUGUAGUUAUAGCCACCGUGUGUGUUAACACAGCGUCUGUGCUUUCUACGAAGGUUUUUUUUUCAUGUAAGCCUUGAAACUUUUUAAAGCAGGAAAAAAUGAGUUCCUUUUAUGUGUAUGUUCAUUCAACUGGCGUAAAGGUUGACAAUUAAGUGUCGAAAUGUAUUUUUAUCCUAGAAAAAAAUUCUGAAUCAGAUUUGGGUGAGCAGCAGCAAGGGACCAAAAGAGGGAUCGACGAAAAACCUAAACAAGCGAAAAAAAAGCGGUUAAGUGAUAAGGAAGAUAGCGACAGCGAAGAAAGUGAGAGCAGCACAGACAGCGAGGAGGAUAACGCACCUGCCAAAACGACACUGGACAACGAGGGAAAGAAAGUCAGUUCUAAAGGAAAUGACUUUGAGGUUGUGCCAGUAGAGGAUAACAGUAAGUUGGAUAAUUUUUUAAGUGUUGUAAAAUCUUUAGAGUGGCCACAAAGGUGUUGACUUCUUUUGGUAUUCAGUCUCAUGUGACAUUUACCCAGCACAACUCAGUGGAAUUUUCGACGCAUUGGAGUCGCGCACCAUGCGAAGUAGCUGCGAUCUUAAUGGGAUUUAUUGCUGGCAUCAAGCCGCGUUGUACGGCGAUUUGUGAUGCAACCCAAAGAAAACGUUACUUUUGAAUAGCAGUUUGACAAAAGAACAAAUAACUGAGAUUACUGGUGGCACCUCCUGCACGGAACUAGUAGGAUUAACCUCUCCCUCCCCCUCCCUAACCCUCAGUAUUACGUCAGGCUUCCUUGAUAGUUUGCCGGUACCUAUUUAUACCCCGAAUGGGAGGAGACACUUUGAAGAACACAACCCAAUGACACGGUUAAGGCUCGAACCCAGACCUCUCAGCCCAGAGUCCAUCCUUCUUACAACUAGUCCAUCGUUCUGACUGUAAAUGAUAUUUGUUUUACUCAAUAGGUGAAUAUUUGAAGAAGCUCACCCCAGAAGCUCUAGCACUGGGACAUAAGAUGGCUUUUUCGCGAAAAAAUAAGAGGGACAUCAUUGAUUCAGGAUAUCACAGGUGAGUACGACCAGAAUAUACUUCCAACUUUUGGUCAUAUUCACUCGUUAUUCCUAAAACUCCUUUGUACCCCUGCAAGGUGGGCCUUCAAUGACGAUAACCUUCCCUCUUGGUUCGUGGAAGAUGAAACGAAGCACUACCAGCGGCAAAUACCGGUCACCAAGGAAAUUGUGGAGGAAUACAGAGCAAAAAUGAAAGAAAUCAAUUCAAGGUCUGUUAAAAAGAUCGCUGAAGCAAAAGCCAGGAAAAAACGAAAGGUAUGAAUAUAUUGACAUACAUAUUACUUGUUUAUGUAGUGUAGAAGCAGCUCACAUCUAUUUGGCAGGACACGUUAAAAGGUGUACUUUCUUCCUAAGAGUUUUGCUUCUUCAGGGCAUAGAAAUAGUUCAAAUUAAAGGUUAUCCAAUCGUUUGAGAUGGAAUACGGUGCGGCCAGCUCUACACCCCUGUCUGUGAAGUGUAGGUUUUAGCCCUACUCGUGUUACGAACUGUGUUGUGGUCUUGAGGAAGGCAGUGCAUUUUCACAUUCUCUUUCUCUCUACCCGGAAGUGUGACUGAGUACCAGCUGGCAGGCUAUUGUGUGGCAUCCCAAUUGGCAUCACGUGUAGGGGUCGGUAUUAGUAAUGCAGUACAUUUUUUCGUCCUAAGGUUUGAAACUGAGAUAAGCUUAUUCGUUGGGAGCGACUAGACUCACAUGCCAAAAAAUUUUAUUUUAACGGCAUCUGGAAACCUAAAGUAAGCAGAAAACUUUUGGGCGAAUGUAAAUGACGUAGAAUUCUCAAUUAUAUAUCUCUGCUUAGGAUUCAGGGUUCUCGGCUCGUACAACUUAGCUGUAGUGAAGCUGUAAGAGUUUCUCGAGUGGUUUUUCAUUCUCUCUUUUAAUAAUUUCUUUUCAGGAAAUGAAACGACUCGAAAAAGCCCGUCAAAAAGCAGAAGCUAUUUGUGAUACCGUCGAUGUGUCCGAAAAAGAAAAAAUGAAUCAGAUUAGAAGGUAGGCGUGGAAUUUAAUGCUCAGAAGUUUUAAGGCUUUAGCGGCGAAGACAAGCGGUUGUAUCGCUGGCUAUAAUAAGUUUUGUUACUUGAUAUUUGCAGUUUGUACAAAAAAGCUGUUGGAGGUAAACGGAAAGAAGUGAAGUAUGUUGUCGCCAAGAAAAGCCAAGGUAAAGCAUAUAUUAUAUAUUAAAUUAAACUGCCACAACAAAAGGUGAUUUAGUGUGAACAACUGAGUUGAAAACGUAAAUUAGCCACCGUAAAGGGUAAAAAAGCUGACGUUUCGAGCGUUAGCCCUUCGUCUAUCGCUCUGACGACGGGAUAAUGCUCGAAACGUCAGCUUUUUUACCCUUUACGGUGGCUAAUUUACGUUUUAAACUCAGUUGUUAACACUAAAUUACCUGUUAUACUCUCCCACCGACGCAGCACCACAGUUUCUUUAGAAACUUACCCCUUUAUUCAUGCUACAAGAAAAUGUAAGCAACCUCUUUUGGUACAAACGUCGAACAGGCGUGCAGAAUUUUAGGAAAUCAGAAACUUAAAACCAUCUUAAUGCAAGGGAAAAUGGACUGCAAUCCAUUCAAGUCGUCAUUCGGUCUGCGCCGUACGGGUGCUCUUAUUGGCCCAGUCCUGUUGCGUGGGCGUGCUUGUUUAUCCAAUCACAAUACAUUGGUUUGGGAUAUGAUAUCCGUGAAGACCCCAAAAAAACGAGGCCAUAAGUCGCUGUUAUUUAUGUUAUUACUGCGAUUCACACUGAAAUCCUGUCCACCUUCUUUUUGCGGAAGCUAGUUUUCAUUAAAUUGUCAACGUUUCGAAAAGUGAAUUGUCGUUGCUACCAAUCUUGUUGUUAUUCCACGUAUUUUGUGGAUUGGAAUGUUUUACUUUGUUAAAAAUCACUUUGUUGCUUCUUCCUUAAAAAUUAUUCCCUCUUUUUUUCAGCCGCCAAGAGAAUGAAGAGACCUGCUGGAGUUAAAGGUCCUUACAAAAUCGUAGACCAGCGAAUGAAGAAAGACUUACGAAGCCAAAGAGCUAACGAAAAGAGAAACAAAAAGAGUGGAAAGAGGAGGAGAUGA